AUGGGCUUGUAUGCGGAGUCGUGGCUCACGGAACUGUUGGUAGCCCUGUCACUGGUGACAGUGGCAGUGUACGCGUGGUUCUCCAAUGCGUACAAGUACUGGCAGAGAAAGGGAGCGCCCUACCUGGAACCACAGUUUCCGUUUGGCAAUAUCUACAAGAGUUUUGUGGGCAAGCAGCCCAUGCCCAUGGACGUCACUGACGCAUACCGGCAGCUCAAAGGCAAACGUUUCGGCGGGAUUUACUUCUUCAACCGACCGAGUCUGGUGAUACUGGAUCCCGAUCUGAUCCGCACUAUCCUCGUCAAGGAUUUCUGGUCCUUCCAGGACAGGGGGUUCAAGUUCGAUGACGCUGAUCCUCUGACCAAACACCUUUUCCUGCUGGGUGGCAACAAGUGGCGAAGGUUGCGCGUGAAGCUGUCCCCAACAUUCACGUCGGGGAAAAUGAAGAUGAUGUUCCAGACGAUCUUGGACUGCGGUCGAGAGCUGUCAGACGUGCUGGAGGAGCCGGCCUCACGAGGGGAGGUGAUGGAGAUGCGCGAGGUGGGGGCCCGCUACACCACGGACAUCAUCGCAUCCGUAGUCUUCGGCAUUGAGGUCAACUGUCAGCGCAACCCAGACGCCGACUUCCGCCAGUGGGGACGGAGGAUCUUCGAGAGCAACAUGACGCGGACGAUCUUCGAAGUCUUACGCACUAUUAAUCCCGAACUGGUGAAGCCGUUACGGUGGGUAUUCAUGGGCGAAAGUGAAGUCUCGAAGUACUUCCGCAAGAUGGUGAGCGACACAGUUGCGUACAGGGAGGAGAACAACGUGGCGAGGAACGACUUCAUGCACCUGCUGAUCCAGCUGAAGAACAAGGGUAAAAUAACUUUAUCGAUCGACGACGUCGCUGCCCAGGCGUUUGUGUUCUUCGCCGCGGGCUUCGAGACGUCAUCAACCACUAUGAGCUUCGCCCUGCACGAACUGGCCCACCAUCCGGGUAUCCAGACACGUCUUCAGGAGGAAAUCGAUACGGUUCUCAAACAAAACAAUGGACAAAUAACCUAUGAUGCGGUCAACAGUAUGCAGUACCUUGACAAAGUAGUUGCAGAGACGCUGAGGAAAUAUCCACCAGUUGCGGCACUUAACAGGGAGAGUAAUGUUGAGUACAAGAUUCCCGACAGUGAUGUCGUCCUGGACAAAUUGACUCCAAUACUGAUCCCCGUGUACGGCCUGCAACAUGACCCAGAGUACUUUCCGGACCCUGAACGUUUCGACCCCGAGAGGUUCUCUGAGGAGCAAAAGGCGCAGAGGCACCCCUACGUCUACCUGCCAUUCGGAGAGGGGCCUCGGAUCUGCAUAGGAAUGAGAUUUGGGCUACUGCAGACGAAAGUGGGGCUCAUACAUAUACUCUCAAAAUACAGCAUCGAACCGUGCGAGAAGACCGUCCGCCAUCUGUCAUUCGAGCCGAGGGCGUUUGUCCUCACACCAACAGGCGGCAUCCAGUUGAGGCUGAGCAAGAGAAACAAAGCGUAGCGAUUAUAACCACCAUUA